AUGGUAAUCGUUUUGUGCUUCACCGUUGCUCACCCAACCGCAUCUGCAGAUCUACUCAGCUUGAACCGCCUACAGACUUCUUCUGCUGCGUAUGCAGACGCCACCUACGCCACGACAGCCUCUCCCGUCCACGGCCACUUUGCGCCCCCUUCAGCUGCUCCGUACGAUACCAUGGGCUAUGCACCAGCUCCUGUGCGGCCUUCUGCCUUUAGCUCCAUUGGCCACGAAUCAGAUGCAUCGCGGAGAUUUUCUCAACACGUCCACGCUGAUGACCGCAGAGGCUUUGCCGAAGCCCUUGAUGCCAGCCACGGCAUGCUUGCCAUGAGCCAAGAGACACCAAGAAACAUUUAUGGCAACCGCAACGAUCGAUCUUCUGUAGAUUCAUAUGGUUUCCCGUCAACCCACUCGACCAGCUCCUCCAUAUCGUCGUCUGGCAACUUCAGCUCCUACUAUGGCGAUUCUGUGUCCGACUACUCAACUGCAGGCUCGGACAUUGAAUCUGUCGGCUCGAGGACGCUCCCUCGACCUCAGGGAAUGUUGUCAACAUCGCUCCCCCCUGCGCCUCAGUCCAUGAUGGGCCAGUUCAGCUCCAAGGUCUCAUCCAGCACCCAGAAGAAGCACAAGUGCAAGGUCUGCGAAAAGCGAUUCACACGACCAAGCUCACUUCAGACACACAUGUACAGCCACACAGGUGAAAAGCCUUUCGCCUGCGAAGUCGAGGGUUGUGGGCGCCACUUCUCUGUUGUCUCCAACUUGCGACGCCACCGAAAAGUCCACAGAGGCGAUGCUCGAUCCGAGGCUGGCUCAGAAGACCACCAUUCAGACUAA